AUGUUGCUUGGCAACUGCGUGGCCUUAGGCUCGUUGUUCCUGUUGAACGCAGCCGGAACUAACGCAUAUGAUGGCCAAAAUGGCCCCGCGCCACCGCUUCGUCGGCUGUUUCCCUUCAUUGCGGCAUCUGAGCCCACUGUAGGACGAGAAAAGCCUCUUCGUUAUCCUGUGGGAUUCCUCACACAAGCUGAUUCCUCACGGCCAGCAAGCCCCUCCGAGGUUUCGACGUCCUCUCGCGCAGCGGCUGGCGGGCUAUCGAGUUCGCCAGCAGUGGAAAGCUCAUCGGACGACCCAGCACCGACGCCCUCGAGUUUUUCAUGGUUUUAUCCAGGAGGUGAGUCUGACUCACCUGCUGCCUCCCCCAGCAUAGUCUCCCCGGAGACAACCUCCGAGGAGAGUGUGUCAUCAGAGAGCUCCGAGCCUUUGGACAGCUCCCCGUUAGGAAGCAUCAUUUCAGUGGGCUCUAGCAGUAGUAGCUCGAACCAGAUUUCUUCCUCUGGAAGUCAAUCGGCGUUCCAAAGCAGUUCUGAGAGUGGCGAUAGUGCAGUGCCUUCAGCAGGAAGCUCUUCGUCCAACGAAGGGUCCGUCGACAGUUCCAUUCCCAUUACAGAGGAGCCUUCAAGCAGUGCUUCAGCUAUUCAGGGUGGAGGACCCUUGCCAGCAUCCAGCACUAUUUCUAGCAAUAGACCAUCAAGCAGUGCUCCAGUUAUUCAGGAGCAGGAUUCCGCCGUUUCCAGCACGAGCCGUCCUCAACCUGUCUCCUCACCGCCUUCACGUGAGGAUGAGAGUGCUGAGAGCUCCACUGGGGAGUCUGGUUCGUCUGUGGAACAACCAGGCUCGUCUUCUGAAGUCAAGUGGUGGCGCACAAGGCCACAGGCAGAGCGUAGCCCCUCCUUCAGCUCUGACAGCUCUCGAGUUGUGACAGACGAAAGCGAGGCAGCCGACUCGAAUUUGACAGAGGAUGAUGAGGCAGAGGACGCUGAAAACGCAGAUGAUCAGGCUAUUCAGUCCCUCAAUGAGGCUUCCCCCGAAACAGACAGCGCUUCGGAGGAGUUACAACCGGAGAUCCAAACCGUCGAUAGUGACAGCGGUAGAGCCGACGUUGGAGAGCCCCAAGAAGAUGAACGCCUCGAUAGUGACUACGGUAGCUCCGAUGUCGCUGAGCCCCAAGAAAGUGAACCCCUCGAUGGUGACAGCGGUAGGACCGACGUCGCAGAGUCCCAAGAAGAUGAACGCCUCAACAGUGACAGCGGCAGGACCGACGUCGCAGAGCCCCAAGAACAGGAGGACGAGGCAGGCGCCGAGGAAGUAGUCUCCAGCGAAGAGGUUGACAGCGCAGAGGGUGGUUCAUCUGCUUCAGAUGCCGAAGAAUCUGACUCCAUCGAGGAGGUUAGCAGCGCAGAGAAUGACGGAUCGCUUGCGGACCCUGAAGCACCCGAGUCCAGAGAUGAGUCAAGCAGCUUUCCAGCCAAUCGGGAGCAGGAUUCUGCGGUUUCCAGCACGAGCCGUCCACAACCUGUCUCCUCACCGCCUUCACGUGAGGAUGAGAGUGCUGAGAGCUCCACUGGGGAGUCUGGUUCGUCUGUGGAACAACCAAGCUCGUCCUCUGACGAUACGGAGUGGCCCGCAAGGCCAGAAGCAGAGCGUAGCCCCUCCUCCAGCUCUGACAGGUCUCGAGCUGUGACAGACGACAGCGAGGCAGACGAUUCGAACUUGGCGCGCAUUGAUGAGGCAGAGGACGCUGAGGGCGCAUAUGAGCAGGCUCUGCAAAUCCUCAAGGAGGCAGCCAAGGAAACAGCCAGCGCUUCGGAGAAGCUACACCAGGCGAUCCAAACAUUCGAAGAUGAACGCCUCGACGGUGACAGCGGUAGAACCGGCGGUGCACAGCCCCCAAAACAGGCGGACGAGGCAGGCGCCGAUGAAGGCGUUCCCAGAGAAGAGAUUGACAGCGCAGAUGCUGAAGAAUCCGAGUCGAGAGGUGAGGUUGACAGCACAGAGGAUGAAGCAUCAAGAGAUGCGUCUACAUCCGAGGAAAGGCCCGGGAGCAGUGAGAAUCCAUCUGAAACGAAUUCCAGCGAUGAGCCCGCGGAAGCAGAGGAGGAAAAGGACCAGGAUAUUGAUGCCGAAGAGUUGCUCGUAGCUUCUCAGAAAGCCAACGAGGAGGCUGAAUCACUUGAGAAAGUCGCCGAAGAUGCCCAGAAUGCAAGCGAUGCUGCCGCUUCUGACUCUGAUGUCUCGGAGGGCUCGGGUGGGGACAGAGGAGCAGAUAGCAAUGAAACGAAUGCAAGCUCUAAUAAUGGGGAUGUCUCCUCCAGUGAGGAUGGCCCCGAAGAAGUGCAACCCGUAGACGAAGAGGCCAGGGGUGGCCCCAAAGAAGUGCAACCCGUAGACGAAGAGGCCAAAUCGGAUGAACAUUCAGAGACCCUGAGUGAAGGCACCUCCGAGGACAAGCCAGCAGAUGAGCGGAAUGAUCGCGUUGAAUCCAAUGCUGCUGAGCAGCAGCUCGCGCUUGCAGAAGAGUUGGAAGCUGCUGCUGAAAGAGCGCAGUCAACUGCGGAUGCUCUAGAGAAGGCUGCAGAAGAAGCUCACCUGGCGGCAGAGGCCGCGAGGUCUGCCCCGGAAUCGCAUGCUAGCUCCGCAAGCGCAGCUGCAGACGACGAACAGGACGCAAAGAGACGCGAAGAACUACGAACGGCGAGCCAAGAACGACAAAAUGCACGACAAGACAGGAACCAAUCUGAAUAUCAGUCUGGAGAUCAGUCCGAAGACCACCUUGAUGCGCUGCCUGAAGAUCAGUCCGAAGAUAAGUCUGGAGAGCAGUUUGAAGAGCAAUCUGGGGACAGCUCAGAGGAUGAGGCAAGGAAUAGUUAUGAGAAUGAGUCCAGUGAAGAUCAACAGUCCGAUGGCUCACCCGUUGUUGUUCAAGUGGCGCAGCCUGGCAGCAAUUCCGCAUCGACGGGCAGCUCUGGCAGAAGGUUGGCUGCAGCCCAGGAAGAAACGGAAGCCAAACCUGUUGUCAAGCCCGUUGCUAAGCCAGUUGCCAAGCCUGAUGCUAAGCCAGUUGCCAAGCCUGAUGCUACUCAGCCGGCUGCCAAGCCUGAUGCUACUCAGCCGGUUGCCAAGCCUGAUGCUACUCAGCCGGCUGCCAAGCCUGAUGCUACUCAGCCGGCUGCCAAGCCUGAUGCUACUCAGCCGGUUGCCAAGCCUGAUGCUACUAAGCCGGUUGCCAAGCCUGAUGCUACUAAGCCGCUUGCCAAGCCUGAUGCUACUAAGCCGCUUGCCAAGCCUGAUGCUACUAAGCCGGUUGCCAAGCCUGCGGCUAAGCCUGAUGCUCAGCCAGUUGCUAAGCCUGAUGCUCAGCCAGUUGCUAAGCCUGAUGCUCAGCCAGUUGCUAAGCGUGAAGGCGAAGAAAAGCCUGAAGGAAAAAUAGCGCCUUCAGAGGAAGAAAAGCCUUUAGAGGAAGAACAGCCUUCAGAGGAAGAAGAGCCUUCAGAGGAAGAAGAGCCUUCAGAGGAAGAAAAGCCUUCAGAGGAAGAAAAGCCUUCAGAGGAAGAAAAGCCUUCAGAGGAAGAAAAGCCUUCAGAGGGAGAAAAGCCUUCAGAGGGAGAAAAGCCUUCAGAGGAAGAAAAGCCUUCAGAGGAAGAAAAGCCUUCAGAGGAGGAGAAGCCUUCAGAGGAAGAAAAGCCUGGAGAGAGUCCUGAACGUGGUCCUCCUCAAAGACCUGGACCUGGCCCUCCAAGGCCUGGUCAUGGUCCUCCUAGGAGACCUGAACGUGAUGAGGGUAGAGAAGAGGGCCGUCCAGGCAGGGGAUCAGGGGGCCGAGGUGGUCUUAUCCCAAGCAGGCCUGCAGGCAGGCCUGAGGGCGGCAACGAGGGGGAUCGUGAGAACAAAUGGCCUGUAGACCGGAGUUCUGAGGAUGCAACCAGCACUGCCGAGUCAGGGAGCGAACAGCACGACCAGGAAACACAGGACCAGUCGCAACUAGCUGAAGACCUGGAACUCGCAGCGAAGGAAGCCCGAGAAGCAGCAUUACGGCUGCGUCACGCAGCAGUUUCCGCGCGCAAGGCAGCCGCCGCCGCCCGCAAACAAGCGGAAUCCGCUGGUGCUGAAGAUGGCCUUGAUUCCUCUCGUCCCACCAGCGCCACGAGGCUACAGGACUCGGACGCAGAGAGUUUCGAUGAUGAGGAAGGACGGGGGAACCUUCACCGCAGCGAUUCGGCUGAGCAACAGGAGAGAAGCGGUAACCAGAGUGUCAACGGCGAGUCUAGCCGUGGAUCUCUGAGCCGCAGUCUCCGGGGAAGUCGCGUGUAG